AUGGAUCGCAAAAAAGAGAACAGUGUUUUGAGACACCCAGCUGAUACUGAGGCAUGGAAGAGUUUUGAUAGGAAAUAUCCAGAUUACGCGUUAGAACCUCGAAAUGUAAGAUUGGGAUUAGCUAGUGAUGGUUUCAAUCCUUUUGGCGAAAAGCGAAGCACAUAUAGCACAUGGCCAGUCAUUUUGGCGGCAUAUAACUUGCCACCAUGGUUGUACAUGAAGAAGGAGUAUCUUAUGCUUUCAAUGAUAAUUCCUGCCCCUAAAGCCCCGGGAAAUGACAUUAACACUUACUUACAACCUCUUAUAGAUGAUCUAAAAGAACUAUGGGAGGACACGUGGUGUAAGCGAUACAACAAUAGUGGGAAGUGUUGUUACUUGGGUGGUCGAAUGUUUCUUGAUUUAGAUCAUAAGUAUCGAUAUGAUGAAAAAUCCUUUGAAAAAUAUACUAAGGAGUUUAGACCUGCUCUUAUCCCACCAUCAGGAUCCGAAGUAUUAGAAAGAUUAAAGAUCAUCGUGUUUACACUUGGGAAAACAACUAAAGAUGAAAUAAGUGGUGUGAGAAAAAUGUGUGAUAACAUAAUCAACACAAUUUUAAAUGUGCCUAAGAAGUCAAAGGAUAAAUUGAAGGCUCCUUGUACUUUGGAAGAAAUCGGGACCGAUUUUGUGAAGUACUUGGAGAAUGUUAAAUUUCCAGAUGGGUAUGCAUCAAAUAUUUCGAGAUGUGUGAUGAAGCGAAAGUUACUUCCUCUGGCUAUGCGAGAGAGCGUCAAUGAAAAGGUUUCCUCCGUUUUGAUUGAGUUAUGCGACAUUUUUCGAGCUUUGUGCGCUAAAAACCUUGUUGUGAUUGAGUUGGAGAAACUUCAAAAAAGAAUGGUGGUAACACUUUGCAAUAUGGAGAAAAUCUUUCCACCAACCUUUUUCACUAUUAUGGUGCAUUUGGUGGUUCAUUUGUCCGAUGAAGCUAAAAUUGGCGGUCCUAUCCAUAACCGAUUGAUGUAUCCUAUUGAGAGGGAACAUGUUGCCCACAUUAAGAGAUUUACAAGACGAACUCGUUCGACACCGAUUGUGUUAGAUCGUAUGCAUAAUGAAGAGUUUAGUGACUGGUUGAAAACUUUUGUGAAUGAUCCCAAUAACCAAAGUGAUGUAAGAAUCACAGAUGAUGUGAGAUCACUUGCAUUUGGUCCAAUGCCUAUUGCAAGAAGAUUUCACGCUUUCAAUAUGAAUAAUGGUUAUAAAUUCCGUACUAAAGAAUAUGAGAGGAACAAGAAGACUCAAAAUAGUGGUGUGAUGGUUGUGGAAAAGACACAAAGUUACGCUAGUUCAAGAGAUACGCGACCUAUAAUGGGAGACGUGACAUACUAUGGGGUGUUAACUGAUAUUAUUGAGUUGAAUUAUUAUAAUACGUUUAACAUCGUCUUGUUUAGGUGUAAUUGGGUGGAUGUGAAUCAUGCGAGUGGAAUGAAGAAAGAUAAGUUAAAUUUUACCCUCGUAAAUUUAUCAAGCUCGAUAGAUUCUGGUGAGCGUUUAAGCGAUGAGCCUUUUGUUUUUGCAUCUCAAGUUCAACAGGUUAUUUAUGUACAAGAUAGAACACAAAGUGAUUGGUUUAUUCCUGAACCAAUAAGGCCAAGAGAUACUUUUGACAUGGGUGAUGAUAGUGUUGAACAAGAUUUAUCGAUGGAGAACGAAUUUCAAGCAUCAAGUUCAGAGCAAAAAAAUAUUGAGAUUGAUAUUGAUGACUUUACCUGGAUGUUAAGUGAUGUACAAGGCAUAAAUGUUAUAGUAGCGUAA